AUGGCCGAUUUUAUUGACCCCCGGAUGUCCUCCGUCAAGCCCCGAAUCCGUUACAAUACCAUCUCCGGCAUCAACGGACCGCUGGUUGUCCUUGACAAUGUCAAGUUCCCCCGUUAUAACGAGAUCGUCUCCUUGACGCUCCCCGAUGGCUCAGAGCGCAGUGGCCAGGUGCUGGAAGCCAGAGGAAACCGCGCUGUCGUGCAGGUGUUCGAGGGUACCCCCGGUAUCGAUGUCAAGAAGACCAAAGUCGAGUUCAGCGGUCACAGCUUGAAGCUUGGUGUGUCCGAGGACAUGUUAGGUCGAGUCUUCGAUGGUUCGGGACGUGCUAUUGAUAAGGGCCCCAAGGUGUUGGCGGAAGACUACCUGGAUAUCAACGGACAGCCUAUCAACCCUUACUCACGAGUGUACCCCGAGGAAAUUAUCUCUACCGGUAUCUCCGCUAUCGACACAAUGAACUCUAUUGCCCGUGGACAGAAGAUCCCCAUCUUCUCGGCUGCCGGUCUACCCCAUAACGAGAUUGCCGCGCAGAUCUGUCGGCAAGCUGGUCUGGCCAAGCGGCCAACCAAGGAUGUUCACGACGGCCACGAGGAGAACUUCUCUAUCGUCUUCGCCGCUAUGGGUGUCAACAUGGAGACUGCCCGUUUCUUCACUCGCGACUUUGAGGAGAACGGCAGUAUGGAGCGUGUUACUUUGUUCCUGAACUUGGCCAACGACCCUACUAUCGAGCGUAUUAUCACUCCACGUCUUGCCCUGACCACCGCCGAAUACUACGCCUACCAGCUCGAGAAGCACGUCCUGGUUAUCAUGACCGAUAUGUCGGCCUACUGUGAUGCCCUGCGUGAGGUUUCCGCUGCCAGAGAAGAAGUCCCCGGUCGUCGUGGUUACCCCGGUUACAUGUACACGGAUUUGUCCACCCUGUACGAGCGUGCUGGACGAGUCGAGGGCCGUAACGGUUCUAUCACACAGAUUCCUAUUCUGACCAUGCCUAACGAUGAUAUCACCCACCCAAUUCCCGAUUUGACCGGCUACAUUACCGAAGGUCAAAUCUUCAUCGAUCGUCAGCUCGACAACCGCGGUAUCUACCCACCAAUCAAUGUCCUCCCCUCGCUAUCCCGUCUGAUGAAGUCUGCCAUCGGCGAGGGCCGCACCCGCAAGGACCACGGUGACGUCUCCAACCAGCUAUACGCCAAGUACGCCAUUGGUCGCGACGCCGCCGCCAUGAAAGCCGUCGUCGGAGAAGAAGCUCUCUCCUCCGAAGACAAGCUCUCCCUCGAAUUCCUCGAGAAAUUCGAGCGAACCUUCAUCAGCCAGUCUCCCUACGAGUCGCGCACCAUCCAAGAAUCCCUUGACCUCGCCUGGAACCUCCUCCGCAUUUACCCCAAGGAACUCCUCAACCGUGUUCCCAAGCGCACUCUUGACGAGUUCUAUGCCCGCCAUGCACGCAAGAUUCCUAACAAGGAUACCCGUGAUAACUCGCAUGAGAACCUUAUUGAUGCAUGA